UACUUAUUGGUCUCACACUCAAAAUUGCUUGUUCUUGGUCCCCUCUCACUUUGUACUUGGAGGAGUGUCUUGUGGAGAAAAAAGACAUCCAUUAUCUCAUCGUGUUUCUUCAUAUUAUAUAUCUCAAAUCAACCACACGGAAACAAGAAAGGAAACUAAAGGUUUAAUAAGAUGCUUGGUGAAGAGAAAUCCCAAAAGACAUACCCGACAACUGCCGAGGUAUUCGACGAGGUAAAGAGAAUGGUGGAUAUAGGUUUCCCAAUAGUAGCCAUGAGCUUAGUAGGAUACCUCAAAAACAUGAUCUUAGUUGUGUGCAUGGGAAAGUUAGGAAGCCUUGAGUUAGCAAGUGGUGCUUUGGCCAUAGGCUUCACCAACAUAACCGGUUACUCAGUCCUUUCCGGUCUAGCCAUGGGAAUGGAGCCUCUAUGCACUCAAGCCUUUGGUUCACAAAACUUCUCUUUACUCUCUCUCAUAUUAAGAAGAACAAUCCUCAUGUUACUACUAGUUUCUUUACCAAUUUCACUCUUGUGGCUCAACCUUGAACCUAUCAUGCUAUCCCUUCAUCAAAACCAAGACAUAACAAGAAUUGCAAGCCUUUAUUGCCGCUUAUCAAUCCCUGAUCUUAUAGCUAAUAGUUUCCUUCACCCAAUUCGAAUCUAUUUACGUAGCAAAGGUACAACAUGGCCAUUAUUAUGGUGUACUUUACUUUCCAUUCUCAUUCACACCCCUAUCAUAAUUUUUGUAACCUUUAAACUUAACCUUGGUGUACAAGGUAUUGCUAUUUCAGCUUUUGCUGCAAAUUUCAACACCCUUUUCUUCCUUUUAUCAUACAUGUUCUACAUGCAUGUGACAAAAGUUUCAAUCUCCAUGCCAUUAUUAACAUCUCCUAGACCAUGUCCUAGUACUCCUCCAUUAUUAUCAUCACAAGAAGAAAAAACAAGUGUUGUGAACUCACUAGGGAAAGAAUGGAGCAUGCUAAUUAGGUUUUCAAUUCAAAGUUGUCUUGGUGUGUGCUUAGAAUGGUGGUGGUAUGAAUUCAUGACAAUUCUAGCUGGUUACCUAUAUAACCCUAGAGUUGCUUUAGCAACAGCUGGAAUAGUGAUACAAACAACAUCUCUUAUGUAUACUUUACCAACAUCACUAAGUGCUUCAGUGUCAACAAGAGUGGGGAAUGAGCUUGGAGCUGGUCAACCAAGAAGGGCUAGUUUGUCAACAAUGGUAGCAAUAGGAAUGGCACUAGCAAGUUCAACAUUAGGGUUAUUAUGGACAACAUUAGGUAGAGAGAAAUGGGGGAGAGUGUUCACAAAUGAUAAAGAGGUAUUGGAGUUGACAAUGGUUGUUUUGCCUAUAAUAGGUGUUUGUGAGUUGGCAAAUUGUCCACAAACAACAAGUUGUGGGAUACUUAGAGGGAGUGCAAGGCCAGGGAUAGGGGCAGGGAUAAAUUUUUACUCAUUUUACUUGGUGGGAGCACCAAUAGGGAUAGUGUUGGGAUUUGUUUGGAGAUUAGGGUUGGUGGGGUUUUGUUAUGGGUUGUUGGCAGCACAAAUAGCAUGUGUGGUAUCAAUUCUAGUUGUAGUAUAUAACACUGAUUGGGAAAAGGAGUCAUUGAAGGCAAAAAGUUUGGUAGGAAAAGGUUCAUGUGACACAUUGUUUGCACAUGUUCUUGAUGACCAAACACUCAAAUGUGACCAAGGUAUAGUCUUUCUCAAUCACAAUAAGUGAUCUUACACUAUUUCUUGCGGUAGAGAUAGAGAUCGUUAGAUCUUUUUAAAAAGAUAAAAAAAAUAAUAAUAAUUAUAUUUGUUGUACCAUGCAAUUGUUAUAGAAAAUUUUAAGUUUGAAUUUAUAUAUACAUAUAUACACAGAAAAUUAUGGAACUAUAUAUGCAAAGAUACAUUGAAAUACAGAUCGAAUGACAAUAGUUGAUUAUUAUUAGUAAAAAAAAAAAUAGUUGAAUACUAUUUUUGUUGUGAUCAUGAUCUCUUAUAUAUGUAUUUUGCAUGUAACCCAAAUAUUUUCUUGUGUUUUCUUCUUGUUGUUACAUGUAUGUUGGUUGGUCUAGUUUGUAACCUUACCUUGCCAGUUGGUUUCAUUGUCAACAAAUUGUAAUUGUUGAUUAUCUGAUUAAUUAAAUAUAACUGAAUCUCUCA